AUGGCAUCAGACACCCCAGAAACUCCAGAGAAGCUCAUUUUCGACGCUGCUGGUGAAGUGCUUUUGAUCUUUACUCAUCUUCCAGUCGACAGAGACGGAGUUGAAGCCGAUAACGACUCGGUCAACUCACAUAAACGAAAGGCACAUUGCGAUAAGUCAUACACAGUUACUAUGCUUGUUUCCUCGAAGCAUUUGAAACUUGCAUCGCCAGUUUUCGGAGCCAUGUUGAAGCAUGAUCGUUUCAAGGAAGGAAUUGAAUUACAGGCCAAUGGAGAAGUCAAGAUUUCGCUACCUGAUGACGAUCCAAUUGCUUUUGCAAUUAUCGCUAAUGUCAUCCAUCACCGGAACAAACUUGUACCCGAACAUGUCGCUCCGAUGCUAUUGGCCAAAAUAACACUUCUUACGGAAAAGUACCAGAUGCAUGAAGCGAUGUCGUUAGUUACAAAGUGCUGGACAAGUCUGCUAGGCGAGGAGAGGGAUGCACAAUAUACGAGUAUUACUACUGGUGGUCUGGUCUAUCUUGCAUAUUUCCAGUACAAGCCUCUUGAAUUCAAAAAGCAUACAAGACGCGCAAUUGUCUGCAACGAUGAAAAUUUUGCAGAUUGGAUGAACGAACAUGGUUGUUGGCCUUACACUAUUGUCGAAAAAAUUAAAGAAGCCCGGCUGAAAGCAUUUGGAGGCCUAUUUUCUAUCCUCGGCGAUCUGGUUAGAUCGCAGAUUGCAAAUGAGACUUGCGAUGAAUAUGACUUAUGCGAUCAAGUCACCAUCGGCUUUCUGAUGCAAGUCGCUUUAGAAAGUCGCUUAUAUCCAUUCCCCAAAGCACCUUAUCAGGGCCUCGACUUGAAAUCAAUUUUCAAGAAGAUAUCGCAUGCAAGAAUCGAUACUCGUUGUACUUAUGAGGGUUCCUUAAGUACAUGUGAGAAUUCGGAGAUGUUUUUCAGGAUGCAGGUUGAAAUGGAGCAGUUCGAAUCCAAAAUUGAAGGCUUAGAUCUCGAAUCUUUCCGGUCCUCGCCUGAGUAA